AUGUCUUCAAUUACUCCCGUUUCUACCACCGAUGCUGCGCCUGCUGCGGGUCCAUAUUCCCAAGCUAUCAAAGCCAAUGGCUUGAUUUUCUGCUCUGGCCAGAUUCCUGCCGACAAGGACGGGAAUGUUGUCGAGGGAACCAUUGAGGAACAAACAGAUGUUGUUUUCAACAACAUGAGGGCGGUCUUGAAAGCUGCUGGGAGUGACUUGAGCAGGGUUGUUAAGACCAGUGUUUUCCUUGACGACAUGGCAAACUUUGCGCGCAUGAAUGCGGCUUACGAGAAGAACUUCAAUGGUCACAAGCCGGCUAGAAGCUGCGUUGCUGCUAAGCAGCUGCCAAAGGGUGUACCUGUCGAGAUUGAGUGCAUCGCUUUGGAGAAUUAA